AUGACUCGCCAUGUCGCUCCGUUUCUCGCGGCGAGUGUACUCACCUUGGCAUUUUUCGCGUCUUUCGUGCCGCUAAUUGCGCCGGUUUCCGCGGCGAAGCAGAGCGACUUCCCCGCCUGCUGGUACUCAGGCCUGCUGCCCGUGCGACCGAAUGUGACUGUAACGAGGUGCCUGGACGCCGCGGAAUGGACGUGCUGCUCCGAUUGCGAGGACCGGAAAUACGCGGUAGUGGAGGCGUCCACGGAUGGACGCGUUAUACUGAACCAGGUCUCGCCGGGGCUCGGCGACAAAUUUACUAACGUCAACAUGAUGGUGUGCGCGCAGUUCAGCGAGUUCCAGCAGUGCCAGCUCCUCCUGGAGCAGGUCGUGUGCGCCACGGGGUGCAACCCGGAUUCCGGCAGCUAUUUCAAGCUGAUCAACGGCACGCGCGUCAUGCAGAUCUGCAACCCCUUUUCUCAGACCGUCUACCAAACCUGCAAGGACCUCACGUUGCCAGGAGUGGCGACGCUCGACAGGUUCUUCCCAACGGCCGAGCGAUUCAUGGAAGACCUCUUUGGCAAGGUGGGCACGGCCUUUGGCGUCUACAACUUCACAGUCGCCGUCACGCCGAGCGACUCCGACCAGACCCAGUGCUACAAUGGACCCAAGAAGCUGCCCCCCAUGCCCUUCUGCUGCGACCCGCUUCCCAUCCCCGUUGAGAAGUGCCCCGCUAGGGUUAUGAAUUUCACUGAUGCUGGCACUGCUGUGAGUGCAGGGCAGUUGACGGCCGACAUUCCCUCGCUUGUCCACACACCAUGUAUCAUAACGGAGUCUGAAAGACGGCCAAAGCAUGCAUCACAGCGAGCGACAGCAGCUUCGAACGUCGCUUUGUCUUGA